CACCGUCACCCUGAGGAGAAAAAUAGAACUUGGAUCGGAUCUUCGCCGGCGUGAACCAGCAGCUGGUUUGCUCUUCUCAUCUUCGCCUGAGUUCAGAUCAGAUAUUUUAUUUUUGAAGAUGGGAAUGAGCAAAACAGAGAUCAGUUUGCGGAGAUUACUUUCCGUUGCACCUAAUCAGCAAAAUCAGUCAAAGCUUUUGCAUUAUGUUGCUACUUUGAGGGAACUAUUAGAACAACUCUCCCUAGAGAAGACGACACCUCAAGGCCUUCCCAGUGUUACAAAGGCUAAUAAGGUGAAUGAAUACUAUGAAAAGAUUGAAGCAAUAGCUGCUCAAUUCCCCGACGCAGAGGUACCUCAUGAGCCUUUUGCAAAGGGCUUUACCAACGAAAGCUCUCCAAAGUUAGAAGACGAUACUCCAAGCCCCACUUCGCCACAGCUGAGAAGAAGAAUAGUGUCUACAAGGUCCAAGGAGCAAUGCUAUGAUUCCGCUGAUGCUGAUACAUCAAAACCAAUAAAACUAGACUCUGCAGCUCAAGCGCACAUUGACAAGCACAGAAAGCUUCAAGAGGAUCUAACCGAUGAAAUGGUGGGACUUGCAAGACAACUCAAGGAGAGAAGUCAAGCGAUAAGCCAAUCUCUACAAAGUACAGAAAAGAUACUUGACUGUACCGAGGAGGCCAUUGAGCAAAGCUUAGCGAGCACAGGACACACAACCACAAGAGCCACAAAGAUUUAUUCACAAAGCUCGAAGACAAGUUGCUUCCAGUGGCUCUUGAUCUUCGCCAUGACAUGUGUGUUCAUAAUGGUUGUCCUGUUGAUCCGAGUCACAUAGAAAAUUAUUCAGAAUGUAAACCAAGUUUUAGUAACAAAUUUUGAAAAACUACAUUUCAGUCAACUGUUUUGUUAAAUUUAAGGUGCUGUAUAAGUUUAGAGUUGGAUAUGUGAAAGCUACUUUGUUAAGAUAAAGCGAUUCUUGGUUUACGAUUUUUUGUUCCGUGAGAAAUUGUAAUUUGACCGGUUUUCUUGUA